AUGUCCGAUUUCCAAAAAGCUAGAUUGAGGGCUUUGGAAUUACAAAAGCAGAAAGAUGUUGCCUUGUUGAAAGAGAGAGAAGCAAAAGCUCAAAGGGAGAAGCAAUUGGCACAAGAGGCGGAGGAGAAACGUCGCCGCGUAGAAGCUUUACAGAAAGAAGCACGUCGAUUAGAAUUGAUCAAUGCCCACGAGGCAUUGAAAGCUAAACAAAGUCGACCAUGGGGUACACCUACACCUGUUUCAGCACCAGUCAUGACUAAACAAGAUGAUUAUGAUCCUUUUGCAGAAGAUGUUUUUAUCCCUUCCAAAUCUGCCGCAGCUUUCAAAGCAUCCAUUCAUUCCAAACCUAAAUCAUCCACCACGAAACUUCCCUCCCGCUUGAAAUCCGAAUCAGGUCCUCAACCCCGAACAAAAUCAUCGAAAGCUUCCAAGGAACAGUUUGACGAAUUAUCUCUCAGUCGAAAAGAACGAGCCGCCCGAGCUUUCUUGAUAAAAGCCAAGCGAUCUACAGGAGAUAGCAUACGUGCUCUUGUGGACGGCAUGGAUUCUUCAGGAAAUUCCAUUCAUAAACCUAUUCCUACUACUUCAUCCUCACGACCCAAACCUUUACCAACAACAACGAAGAAAACCGAGAUUGAUGGUUUACAGAAAUUAUGUGCAGAUCGAGAAAUACGAGAUCGACGUACUGUUGAUGAAAUUCAUCGAGAUAUAAAAGCUCGUAAAACUGGAUCGUCAAGUGGUGCGACGAUGGAAACUAGUCGUUCACGAACAGAAUCUAGAAGUGUAUCACCUAUGAAAAAAGCUUCUUCUCGAAGUAUCUCUCCACCUAAAACUAAAUUGAGAAUUCCUAUUCCUACAUCCGCACGACCUCUUUCACCGGAUUUGAAGCCGAUCAAACGACAACGUUCUUCAGCUGCCGAUUCAGAGACGAGCGAAUCGGAUUCGGAAGACGAGGAAGAAGAUUCUGGGAAACGUCGUCGUAUUUCCAAUCAUUCACCAAAAGGUAUACAAUUACCCUCACGGGAUGUCAUAUCUUCGGAGAUCCAGGCAAUCUUCAGAAGACCAGGAAGAACUCCAAAACCAGUAUAUGAGGACGAAGAUAGUGGGAGUGAUAUGGAAGCUGGGUUUGAAGAUUUGGAGAGGGAAGAGAGAAGAGCUGCUAGGAUUGCCAGGUUGGAGGAUGAACAGGAAGAGAGGAAAGAGAGGGAGAGGAGAGAAGCGAAGUUGAGAGUUAAGAGGGAGAGGGAGAGAGUAUGA